AUGAAGGGAGGCGACGCGAGCGCCUUGCUUCUUCGGAUGCGCUCCAGCAGCCGCGAGGCCUGGCGCAAGUCGCUUCUCGUCUUCCUCUUGGUCGGCUUACUUUUCAUCCAUGUCUGCGCGGAAGAGGUCGAGAGAGAAAAUGAGAAGACAAAUGGAACGUAUUCGCAGGUCAAAACCUCGCGCGAGCGCGAGGCAGAAUCCAAGAAAUACUCGUCACAGGGUGUCUGCUUGCCCUCGAUGGGCUUCUCCGUGGACAUUCCCCGCGACCGCCGCGACGACGUUUUCCUCGCGUGUCAUGAGCACCAAGGCAACACCUGCUGCCAACGGCGAGACACGGAGCACGUCCUCCGCCGGCUGUCGUUCUACUACGGCAUGGAGAAAGUGAAGAAAGGCUUUUCUUUCCCGCCUCGUGACUGCCCGUCCUUCACUUCGGCGGCGAUGUGCGCGCGCUGCGACGCCCGCGUCGGCUUGGGGAAGAUGACUCGGAGGAACGCGCCGCUGCUCUGCCGCUCGUUCUGCGACACCUGGUUCCGCGCCUGUUUCGAUGAUUACUUUGCGCCGGCGCCCUCCGGCAGUCCUCAAGCCCUUACGGUCUGCUCGCCGGACUCGGUGAUCUGCUCACCUCUUCGCGACGUGACAAGCGACGGAGCGUCUUUCUGUCGAAAACUCGGUUUCGAGGUGGCGGGAGGCAGCAGCGGCGAGGAGGGGACCGACGAAGAGGAAAACGAAGAGGAUGACGCGACCCCCUGCUACGACGGAGUUCCGGCGGCCUCGGCGUUGGGCGCGGCGCCGAAGCCGCCGCCGCCAGCGGACGACGCGGGCUCGGGCUACCCGGCGCGCUGGACGUGGCGCGAGCGGCUGUGGUAUCUGCGCUACCGACUGGCGCUGUAUCUCUCUCAGAUGAUUCCGCGUACCGAGUUCUGGCUCUUUCUUCUCCUCCUCUUUUACUUCCUCUCCAAAGCUCUCAGGGCAGUGCGCGAACUCGUCAGCAGGGCGCUGUUCCGGCCGCGCCACGUCGGGUCGCAGCCCUGGGGACAGGGGUGCCACGCGUCCCUCGACGCCGCGGAUGGCGGGCGCUCUGGGGACGAGGAAGAAGAAGUCUACGACGAGGGGGAGGACGCCGACGGGCGCGGCGCUGGCGGCGGGGCUGCACCUGAGGCAGCCGAAGCGUCCGUGCGACCCCCCGCUUGGCGGCCGCUCGAGGGCAAGAAGGCGACGCCGGGGGAGAGAGCGGCAGACGCAGCGGCCCAGAGGUGGGCGCAGCAGCGCAGCGCAGGGGGACGAGGUGUCCAGAAGGCGGGCUUCGCGGCUCCGACAUGCUCGCUCUUUGGGGGCAGACGGCAAGAAGACGACGAAGAGGAGGAGGAAGUCAUGAACCCCGAAGAAGUCCGCGAAGUGUUGGCCGCGGUCGGCCGCUGA